AAUGAACCUGUCAACUAUAUGAUUGACACUCAAAAGGAGAACAUCAUGGACAUAGGCAUUAACAAAAAAGACCGACAAUUAGUGGCUGAGGGCUUGUCUCAUUUACUGGCAGACAGCUAUACGCUUUAUCUUAAAACGCACUACUUUCACUGGAACGUGACUGGCCCAAUGUUUAACACCUUGCAUUUAAUGUUUGAGGCGCAAUAUAACGAGCUUGCACUGGCGGUGGAUUUAAUUGCAGAACGCAUACGCGCGCUUGAUUUUUACGCGCCUGGCACUUAUAGCGACUUUGCUAAACUGACUAGCAUUAAAGAAAGUGAAAGCGUACCCAAAGCUAACGACAUGAUUGCAGAAUUAGUAGCUGGACAUGAGGCAGUUUGCCGCACCGCAAGAAAAGUUUUUCCUACAGUUGAAAAGGCCGCUGAUGAAGCUACGGCAGAUUUUCUCACACAACGUUUGCAAUUACAUGAAAAAACAGCAUGGAUGUUGCGCAGCUCAGGCCCUGCAGGCUACUCGGCAGCGGUUUAUGCAGCCAGAGCCAACUUAAACCCUGUGCUCAUUACCGGCAUUGCGCAAGGCGGCCAAUUGAUGACCACCACAGAAGUGGAUAACUGGCCUGCGGAUGCCAACGGCGUGCAAGGCCCAGAGCUGAUGGCGCGCUUUCAAAAACAUGCUGAGCGUUUUAACACAGAAAUGAUUUUUGACCAUAUUCACACCUCGCAUUUAAAAGAAAAACCGAUUCGCCUUGUGGGUGAUAGCGGAGAAUACACUUGCGAUGCACUGAUUAUUGCCACGGGCGCAUCGGCUAAAUAUUUAGGCUUGCCAAGUGAAGAAAAAUUUAAUGGAAAAGGUGUUUCAGCCUGUGCCACUUGCGAUGGUUUUUUCUAUCGUAACCAAGAAGUUGCAGUGAUUGGUGGCGGCAAUACGGCGGUGGAAGAAGCACUUUACUUAGCCAAUAUCGCCAGCAAAGUGACGCUGGUACACCGCCGCGAUAAAUUUAAAGCCGAAGCGAUCUUGAUUUUUGCAGGCCAACUAGACAUGGAAGGCGGUUAUAUCAUUACGCAAAUGGGUCGUGCGGGUAACGCCACGGCCACUAGCGUGCCAGGCGUAUUUGCGGCAGGCGAUGUGCAAGACCACAUAUACCGCCAAGCCAUCACCAGCGCAGGUACAGGCUGCAUGGCAGCGCUUGAUGCUGAGCGCUAUUUAGAUAAAUAA